UUUAAAUUCUGCAAGUCUCACAAAGAAAGUAAUAAAAAGAUAAAUUAACAAUUUGGAAUAUUGGAAACCAAUCUUUCUUCUUUCUUUUUCCAGCACAAUGAUUUUUGAUAGGUAUAGAAGUAAAUCAAAGACGAGACCUGAUGAAGAAAAGUCAUCAUUGCCAAAAAAAAUCAGUCUGGCCAACACUUUAUUUCGAAAAUUCCCAAUCCACCUUUCAUCCAAAAAGAAAACCAUAAAAAAGCAAGUGGUUGAUCAUCCACCAAGACCUUCAUUAUCUUUACCUAAUAUUCCUGCUGCUAUUAUACCAUUAUCAGAACCCAUCAUUAAACCAAUUAAACAAUCACCAGUCAAACAACGAAAAAGGCAUUCGGCUGAACAAAGACGCAGUCGUCGUAACCACCACCUAAAGGAGGAUGUCGCUCGUCACUCAUACACAUUUGGUCAUUUGUCUUCCACAAAGACAUUGACUCGUGCUGAUUUAACUAUCGGCAAUGAUCAACUCGAGAGACUCGCUAAACUUGUUCACUUGCAAGAUAAUACAGAUUUCUUACUGUCUCAACUCGGUACGCAAUCAAGUCACCUUGUACCCCAUCGCUCCAUGAGCCACCAACACCUGACCGUGAAUACUCCCGUCACCAACAACAUUCUUUUAUUUCGUCAAAACCAAAAUUUAAAUCGUGCUCACUCAGAAUCGCAUGCUAAAACCUUAAUAGUACAAGAACCGUUGGAGCCUGAGGAAUUGUUUGAUCUUUUGGAAGAAAAAGAAGCUCAAGUCAUUUUGAUUGAUGUUCGUAACUUGAUGGAUUACCAAAAGAAACGAAUCAGCAACUCGCUUAAUGUGAAUCUACCUUCAUUGCUAAUCAAAAGGUAUCAACGAGGUACAGUAUCCAAUUUUAAUCUCGAGAACUUUAUCACCACUGUCGAAGGUCGAGAAUUAUAUGCUUCCACCUUAUCAUCUCCAUCACCGCCCAGUACAGCAACAGUUGGCUCUAUUUUCGAAAAAAAGGCAGCUGAAGCUGAAAUAAAGAAAAAGCAGAAAUCUAAGAUUUGGGUGGUGUAUGAUGAAGAAAUGUCUACAGAAGAGCCGACAUCGCAAGCCUGGACUUUAUUAAAUGUGUUGGAUCGUUGUAUAGGAUCGGUUGGGGGAGGGAAAAUGUAUUAUUUAAAUGGAGGGUUUAAAGCCUUUCAACAAUACCAAGGAUGGAUCGAGACAGACGACCCCAACUUACUACCUUCACCUACACCCAACAAUACAAUCGUAAAUAUACCAAGACGUUCAAUUAGUUAUACCAUUGGUGAUUCAAAGAAUGACCUUUCUAAGAGAACAAGUUUAUUCAGUUUGGAUACACAAGCUGCUCGUGUGAAUAAUGCAAACGCGCUGGCGCGUAGAGCAAAAAGAAGAUCUCAACAACAACAGCAACAAGAAAUUGUUCCUACUUCAUCGUCCUCUACCACCAUCCCAUCCAUAUCGACCAUGCAUCAUUUUACCGUACCAACACCUUCAUUAUCAGCCAUCUCAACCUUUCCACCCGCUUCAUUUGCAAAUAGUAGUCUCAUCCGAGUGACAGAAGACGAUGAAAUUGCUGGUAUGAUGACUGCAGACGCUUCCCCGAGGACAGAAUCAGAUUUCUGCUUCAUUAUAUCAGAAAUCAUCCCGGGCUUCUUAUUUGUCGGCCCAGAAAUUGAAACAUCCGACCAUGCAAGUCAAUUGGAUGCUCGAUCUAUCAAACGUGUAUUAAACAUGGCAGAGGAAUGUCAGGAUGAAGGAUUACAAAACCAACCCCAAUUUACAUAUCAUAAAAUAUCGGCACGUGAUACUUUGGAAAUGAAGAAUAUCGAAUUUGUCAUGAUGGAAGCUGUUCAAUUCAUCGAGGAAGCCAAGAAAAACCAUGAGCCUAUUUAUGUCCAUUGCAAAGCUGGUAAAUCACGUUCUAUUACUGCUAUUUUGGCUUACUUGGUCACAUCAGAACGUUGGACGUUGAAACGUGCUUAUCGUCACGUCAUUAAGGCAAGGCCUAACAUGUCUCCCAAUAUCGGGUUUAUCUCGGAACUAAUGAAGAUGGACGGUCGUGUUCAUGGUAGAGUCAGUAGUUUUAUGGAAACAGAUUGGCAGUCUACUUCUUUACCAUCACCAGAAUAUGCAAAUGAAUUAUUCCAAUUAGAACGAUCAUGGCAGCAGUAAACCAUAAACCAAUAAAUACCAUCUUGUUGUAUCUG